GCAAUGAAGCGGCCGGCGGUGUGGAGGAAAUCCCUCUUGGUCGCGGACCUCGCAGGGAGCGGGACCGUCGCUUAUUUUCCGUUCCGCGGCAGGAUCGAAAAACACCGUUAUUUCUGACGCGAGGAGACCGACCUGAGCGCCGCUGCGUCCGGGGAUGCCGGCCACUAGCUUCCCGUUGCCGUCUCCAGAGGCUGAUUCACAGUCCGAGAAGCCUAAUGGUCGUUUAUUUUAGCGAUCUUCUUUAUAUUCUGCAUCUCAUUCGGAUAUUUCCCACGCUCCUCAAAUGAAGAAGAUUAAUUUGCGCUGGAAAUCGCAACCCAUGUGGCCAUCGGGAGUGGGCAACCGACUGCCAUGUCCCCGCGAGUCCGCACUCCGCAGGGCUGCCGUCAGCGGCAACAUCCCCGCGCUCCCGCCGCACCACGUUCCCACUGGCCGGAGCGUCCGGGUCUUCAUCAGUGCCAACCCCGACGACACAGAGGCGGAGAGGAACGCCCUGAAAGAGCAUGUCUACCCAAAGCUGCGGGACUUCUGCCGAGAGAAUUAUGGGAUUGAAUUCCAGGUGGUGGACCUAUACUGGGGGCUGGACCCUGACGAGUGGGACAGCCCAGAGCUCCAGCAGAUGAGGAUGAAGAUGCUGGAGGAGUGCUUGAAGACCUCCGCAGGUCCAUGUUUUGUUGGGCUGGUCGGUGAGAAGUAUGGCAGCAUACGUGUGCCAGGAGAGGUGGAGUCAGCGGAGUUUGAAAUGAUCCUGGACGCCGCUGUGGAAGUGGGGCUGGAUACGCAUAUCCUGGAGGAGUGGUACUGCCGGGACGAGAACUCUGUCCCGCCGGCCUACUACAUCAAACCCAAGGCUCAGAUGCUGAAGAACUACCAGAACUCGAUGGAAUCAGGAAGCACCAAGGCCAAGACAGACAGGGCCUGGCGGAGUGUGUCAGAGGAGAUCAAGAAGAUCUUCCAUACCGCCGUCCAUCACCUACAGGAGAAGGGCACCAUGAAAAGCACCCAGGGCAAGAGGUUCCUCUGCUCCGCUCUCGAGGAUGAGUUAGACUUCGCCCUGGGCAAGCAGACGCCAGCCUUUCUGAAGAAAUGUGUGUGUUACAUCCGGAAAAUCGCCAACUUAGAGCGUUACGCCAAGCUGCCGGAGAUGGCCCGCUACAUGGAUAUCACGCAGAACGGCGAUCGCGCCGUGCGUAACCAGGAGGCCUACGAGCAGCUUCAGAAGGUGCGCGAUGAGUUCAUCCCGACCAUUGUGGCAGCCUCCAACCUGCGAGUCUACUCCUCAGUCACGCACUGCGACAUGAAGCUGGGCUACUCACAAGAGGUGGAGAGCCACUACGUCGAAGGUCUCUGCAAGCAGUUCUAUGAGGAUAUGGUGGAUAUCAUUCAGGCCACUGUGCAGCAGAACUUCGAUACUGAGACAGACCCACUUUACGAUGAGAUCCUACAGCACCUGUCCCUGUGCAAGACCUACUCAUCAUUGUACGAGUACAAGUGUGAGGCUCUCAGUGUGAUCCACAGGUAUAUGCUGCCCACCAAGGCCAGCAGAGUGAGCCCCCUGGUGGUUUAUGGAGGACCGUGCACAGGGAAGACCCUCCUCAUAGCAGAGGCAGCCAAACAGGCUUACUCCUGGCUUCAGAAAGAAAUGGGCCCAGAGAGUGACCCAGUGGUCAUCGUCCGUUUCAUUGGAUCCUCAGAAUUCUCCACUGACCUCCGCACACUCCUGCAGAGCAUCUGUGAGCAGAUCGCCAUCAACUACUGCUGUCUGAUCCGCUUCCUGCCCAACAAGAUCCGUGAGAUGCGGGAGCUGCUGGUGAGCCUGCUGAAUGAGGCCUCCUUGCAGCGACCACUGGUCAUCUUGCUGGAUGCCUUAGAACAGCUCUCUGAAGCAGACGAGGCACGGAAGCUGUGGUGGCUUCCAGCACACCUGCCACGGGCUGUCCGGGUGGUGGUCUCUACAUUACCCAAUAAGCAUGGCAUCCUACAGAGGUUACGUUGCCUCGUCCAGGACGAGAGCCGCUACGUGGAGUUAAUGCAACAUGACCGGAAGAUGUGUAGCCAGACCCUCAAGCACCAGCUCCUUAAUAUCAAGCGUAAGGUCACCUCAGGGCAGCAGAUCUAUGUCAAUGAGGCACUAGCUAAGUGCACCCUGCCAAUGUUUGUCAACCUCAUCUUCCGGGAAGUGCAGCACUGGAGAUCACACAAGGACGUAGAUGAAACUUCACUGUGCUCAACAGUGCAUGAGAGCAUUGAGCAGCUCUUCUACUCCAUUGAGAAUAAGCUGGGUUCACGGUUUGUGUUCCGAGCAUUGGGGUACAUCACUAUGGCCCGAUCUGGACUGACAGAGAUGGAGUUGGAGGACAUACUUUCCUUAGACAACAGUGUCCUUGGUGACAUCAUGGUGAGUUCCAACCUCAAGAGCCCACUACGGAUAUCAUAUUGUCUCAUCGCCCAGCUCAAAGAGGAACUCGAGGGGUACCUCAUCGAGAGGCAGGUGCGGAAUGUGACACUGAUGGUGUGGGCUAACAGGCACUUGCACCUAAUUGCCCAAAAGCUUUAUCUCAGCAACGAGGAGGAUGUUCACCAGAUGCACAGUCUCCUGGCAGAGUAUUUCUUAGGGACCUGGUCGGGUGGGAGGAAGAAAAUCUUCCACUGUGACAACAAUCACUUUGACUCUUUGAACAUAUCUCAUCACAGGAACCCCCAUCACCACAGCGACAAAGCUACAGCUGAUAAGCACUCAUAUGACAGACAAACUCCAGAGCAGCCAUGGGUGUUUCAGUGCAACCUCCUGGAGCCAGACAUCUUCUUUGUCAACCACCGGAAAAUGACAGAGCUUCUCUACCACCUCACUCGGAGUGGCCGGAUGGAUGAUCUCACAUUUGGGGUCAUCAUGAACUUCAGCUGGUUGUAUACCAUGAUCAAGAUUGGGCAGUUUGACAAGGCAUUAGCAGAUAUUGACCUAGCCUACAGUUACUCACAGGAGAAAGAACUCAAGUUCCUGGCCACGACUCUGCGUAGCAUCAAGAUUAAGGUGACUCGGAACCCAAGCUCCCUGUCUGCUGAGCUUCAGCAGAGGCUUCUGCCUGUGGUCACCUCCCUGCCAAAACUCCGGCAUCUCCUGCUGGAAUGUGACAAAGAUGGCCCUAAGUACUGCUCAAUCGUGCCCCUGCACUCCUCAAUGGACGUCACCUACACUCCAGAAAGAUUGCCUCUGUGCUCCAGCUACAUGCAGAUUGUGGACAUUCUUCCAACCUUCGCCCCCAACAUUGUCAUUGUAGCACUAGAGGAUGGAUCCGUCAGCACAUGGGAUGUGGAAAGCCGACAACUUCUGAGACAAAUCGACACUGCACGCUCUGUUGUCUUAGGGAUCAGACUCACCAGUGAUGAAAAGUAUUUAGUUGUGGCCACCACUAAAAACACACUGCUCAUUUAUGACAACCACAAGUCAUGCCUGUUGUCUGAAGUGGAGGUGAAAGGCUCUAAACAUUGUGGAGUUACUGGAGGGGUUGCCUUCAUCAAUGGCUUCACCUUGUCCAGUCAUCAUGCUCUCGCUUGGCUAGAAGCCAGCAAAGAUGUUAGUGUCAUUGAUUUGCUUUAUGGUUGGCCUCUGUACCAAUUCCACUGUUGGUACGAGGUCACCUGUGUUGAGUGUUCUCCAGAUGGUAUGUAUGCAUUCUGUGGACAGUACCUAAACACCACAUCAAUUUUCCACCUUGGCAGUGGUGACAAAUUAGCCACUGUAACAUCAGAGUUCUCUGGGGGAUUCGUCAAGUCUCUCCUCAUCUUAGACACAAUUCAUCAGAUGGUGAUGAUCGAUAAUGAGGGCAGUCUCUCAGUCUGGAACACAAAAGAGAUCACAAACCCACGGAUCAUUGAGGACUAUGAUUGCAGAGGUGAUGAGAGUGAGGUGAUAGGCAUUGAGUUAUCAGAAGACCAGUGCUCCAUUCUCAUCUGCAAAGUUGAGAGCAUAGAGGUUCUGGACACCAGAUUGUGGAAAAUGGUUGAGAAGUUCAAAGCCAAACGCAGUGAGCGCUUUGUGGCAGCUGUACUCUCCAAGAAAGGGGAGAGCAUAGUUGCAUCUAUGGAAAAUACUUCAUCAGUCUUUGUAUGGAGGAGGGAUAGUGGCCAGUGUAUGGCAAGCCUAGUGGAGAUCUCAGGAGCUAUUGUGAAACUAAUCAAGUCCAGUCAUCACAACCUGCUCUUGUCAGUAGCCAGCAGUGGAGUGCUCUCAGUUUGGGACAUUGACAUCAUUACUGCUAUGUCAAACAUUGACAAAACUGGGAAGCGCAUUCAGAGUCUGCAGCUGUCUAGUAGAGAGGAUUUUAUCUACACAACGGAUGGAUCAGAGUCCGUCCACAAAUGGAACUUCAGCACCGGUUUCAUUGAGACUGUGUUCAAGCAUGAAGGCAUUGUCGAUAACUGUGUCCUGACUUCAUCUGGGGAUCUUAUGGUGACUUCUGAUGACAAAUGCAGCCAGUACAUCUGGCAGACAACGACAGGUGAAAAUAUCUUCCGGAUCAAUGGCCAGAGGAUCUCCCAAAUCUUGAUCACCCACAAUGACCAGUUUGUGGUGUCUCUCUGUGAGCAGAAUGCAUCCAGGGUAUGGAGGCUGGCCACAGGCCACAAGGUAUGUAAUAUCCUGGUAUCACUGCAGAAUGCCUUGAUCACUACAGCCAAUACCUUCUUAGUGGGAAUAACAAAAAACAAGUUACUUGCUGUGAGCCUCUGGUCUGGCAGCGUAUCCAAAAAAUUUGUCUGUGACGACGGCAUCACAAUCGUCAACUUCAAGUUAAUCCCAGAUUGUCCAGAUUUUGUCGUCUUUAUCACAUCCACAGAGACUGUGUUCAUCUGGAGCAUUGCAGAUGAGUCCAUUUGUCGAAGAGUGCAGCUCCCCAGCAACUUCUUGAAGACUCUGGAAGACUUCCAGAUCUCCCCAAAUGGAAAACUGGGUAUCGUAUCUAAGGGAGAUGAGAACAUCAAUGUACUGGACCUGCAUAGCGGCAAGCUUCGGCUUGUCCAUGCUGCCGGCAUUAUAUGGAAGCAGAAGCUCUCACGUGAUGGACGCUACCUGGUCUAUAUCUGCUUCCGAAACUGCGAUGAGGACGACGAUGCUGGUGUGGUAUCUAGCCUCAUCGUCAUGAGGCUAGCUGAUGGGAAGAGCAUUGGUACCUGCUCCUUGUACAAGACCCCAACCUUCCUGUGCCUGGCCCAGCGAGCCCUCAACAUCAUUGUGGGCUUUGAAGAUGGCAGCAUUGGCACCUACACUGUAGUGGAUCGUGUUGACGCUGCACUAAAGAUCAAAAUUGCCACAUCCAAUAGCCGUCAGAUAGUCAAUAAUGCCUCCCAGAAGGUGCGACCAAAGUGCAGCACCUUUCCCUUUAAGACCAUCGCGGAUUGCAUUUGGAGAGAGUCCACCGAGGUCUUCUCCAGAGACAGUCCGAUAAACGUCUCAGACUCAGGGGAGGCAGAAACUCCGACACCGACAAAGAAAAAUGACCUGCUACAGUGAGAGUGCAAUUUUAGCAGCCAGUCCUUGUUUACAGAUCCAUUGUGAUGCAACUGCAGGUAAACACCUGGGGCCUGUACUACGAAGCGGGGUUACUGGCUUAUCGGGGUAACUUGUCGGAUUUAAGGUAGUCUGGGCAAAAUGUAAGUGAACGAAUAUGAAGUCCAUUUAAACUGUGGUACCUUAAAUCCGACAAGUUACCCCGAUAAGCCAGUAACCCCGCUUCGUAGUACAGGCCACUGGUGGCACUCUAACCAUCAACAAACACUCCCCUGAACUUGGUUUAUCCACAAACUAGUCCUGCCUAGUGACUGUUAAAUGCUAAAUGUUACAUUUCCAUUAUUACUCAGUAGCAUAUCAAAACAUCAAAUGCUAGUUAAUAUUGUUUCUACUGGCUCUUUAUUUUGAUCUUAUUAGUAACAUUAUUUUAAACUAUUUUUUCCAUUAUUUUGUUUUUAUUUAUAAAUACUUGCUGCAGAUUUUUAAGUUAAACUUGUGUUGUUAGCUGUAUUACCCGUCUCACUAUUACACGGCAUUUUCUGGUACUGUAAAAAGAGAUAUGUGUAUAUUUAUAUGUGUAUAUAUCUAUUUUGGCUGCUACAAUUGUGCAACUCCUUAAAGAAAAUGUUUUGUUGUGCUUAAUACAAUCAAAGUGAGUGCCUGAAUUUUUAAAAGUUUUUUUUUUCUUUCCUUGAGAAUUUUGGAAACUUUGAUGAUGCAGGGAAUUCAUAAAUACAGUGUUCAUUCUAAUAAGCAUUUGUUAUGGAUUUGGCAGUUUACAAAUAUAUACAUUCAAAUACUGUUACCUUAGUACGAGGAAAAUCAGAACGUUAAGAAGGUUGUAAAUUUCCUAUUUGACCAAUCAAACCAAUACGAGUGAGGCUCGUAUGAAACACCUGCCGGAUGUAACUUAUUGUAUGUAGGACUUAGUAUCAGCAGCACUUCAGAUCCUCUCAUGUUUCUGUUGUGUCUAGCAAAAAUGUAAAAUUCCGUUGUGUAUAGUCAGGAGAUAAACUAAAUAAAGGUAGGAACAAUGCAAAAGUCUGAAGAGGAAUUUAAUUUGCCUGAUUAUAUAGAUAUGUGUGGAUUGCAGUCUACUGUGAAACAGAUUCUUCAUGUGCCCUGGGGAAGGAUUCAGACGGUUUAUUUUAAGUUUAGGUUAGUUUAUUAGUUUGUUUCAUGUUUAUUUGCAUUAUACAAAUAUAAAGGGCUACUCCAUAAAAUUGUAUGUCACUGUUUCAUUGUUGAUGCAUUACCCUCUUCUGACAUAUUUUCUAUAUCUUACGACUUGUAGCAGUAUUUAUCUUUCAAAAGUUUAUUUUCCCAUAUAGAGAAAAACCACUACAAAGAACAACAAUAUACAGUAUAUUUGCCAAAGGUUCAAGUUUGUCUAUUUUUAUUGUGGUUGUUUAGAACUUAAUCCCUGUUAAAUAAAUGGCUUGGAAUUUUGUCAUGGCAAAGUUGUUUAGAUUUUGGUAUGAUUCAGUGUCAAUGCAUUAGCCAUGCAAGAUAUAAUGUAUCAUCUUUACUAAUAAGUUUAAAAUUAGUCCACUCACAUCUUAUUAUAUGGAAUGCUAGUUCAAGAGUAUAUUUGAAUGUGUCAAUAUAAAAGCCAGUAUACAGUAUAUUAUAUGUUAUGUAACUUGAAUGACUUUUAAUAACUUACUGGUUUGCGACAUGUAUUUAAAAAUGUACUGGUAAUGAAUGUUUCUACGGUCUUUGUAUUGUCAGGACUGACUUAACUGUUUAGAGAUUUAUAUUUUCAUAAAUGUUGUAUUUACAUUUUGUUACAGAGUUGUAUAACUGGAAUAAUUCAAAAAAAUGUCUGGAGCAAUAUGAAAUUGUGUGUAUGCAUUGUUUGUAUGGAAAUUUUUAAUGUAAUAAAAUGGUUCUCU